AUGUCCUCCCUCACUCUUACCCCCGAACAACUCAGCCACUACCGCGAAAACGGUUAUCUACUGCUUCGCGUCCACGAGCACAAUCUCGUUAGUCCUGACACCCUCAAUGCAUGGGAGAAGGAAGUGCGUCAAUGGCCCCGGGUGAAGGGCAAGUGGAUGCCGUAUGAUGAGGUCAACCAAAAUGGCGAGAGGCAGUUGAUGCGAACGGAGAAUUUCGUUGAUUGUCAUGAGGGAUGGAACAGUUUGGUCUGUGGGAAGAGCCUGAUCGGGAUACUGGAGCAGUUAUCCGGCCAAGAGAUGCUCCUGUUCAAGGAUAAGAUCAACUACAAACUGCCCUUCGGAAAUGGCUUCCAGGCCCACAUAGAUUCCCCGGCCUACGACCACAUCGGCCGUAUUGAGCACAUCACCGCCAACAUCGCCAUCGAUGCUGCCACGCCAGAAAACGGGUGUCUGGAGGUUGUCGCCGGCUCGCACAAGAUGGACGUCGAGAUUUUGCACGGCGGGCACAUCUCGGAACCCUGGGAGCGUGCACAGCCUUGGGUCCCCGUACCACUUGAGAGAGGGGACAUGUUGAUUUUUGGAAGCCAUUUGGCGCACCGGUCGGCGAAGAACCAGACGAGUGCAAAGAGGGCUAGUUUGUAUGCCACGUAUCAUAUGAGGUCCGAUGGGGAGGAUUUAAGGGGGCAGUAUUAUGCGCACCGGAGGGCCCAUUUCCCCCCUGAUCAUGAGCGUGAGCCAGGCAUAAAUUAUGCAGAAGGAUUUAAAACAUAUGGAUUCGCUGCUCCUUUUUCAACGCCGGAUGCCGUUGCUAACCCUGCUGCCAGCAGCCAGACAGCUGUUUAG